AUGUACUUCCAAUCUUUCGCCAUCCUUUCGCUCGCUGCGUUCUCUGUCGCCGCACCUACUUCCAACAAGCGCGCAGUGGUUGCCCGCCAGGCCGGCCCAGUCCUCGCUGACACGACUUACAACGAUAUUUCCAUCUCUGGCGGACAGGCUGGAAACGCGCAGGCAGAAGCUAUGGCAGCCUUCUCGGCACUCGACUUGCAGAACCCAGGAAACAUCGAUCCGGCGGACCUCACUUUCCUUAAUGAAGUAAACCAAGUCGCCAACGAUGCGGAGAAGGAGGCUUUCAACCCAGCAGUCGAGGCUGCUACCGGCGAUGAAGCCGAUCAGAUCCAGGCCGGAAAGAUCAAGAACAAGGUCUUGAAGCUCAUGGCCACUGUUAUCAAGCUUCAGGCUCAGCAAGCCCAGGGAGAUGACACGGUUGCCGACAAGCUUGCGGAGGAAAUGACGAAGCUCCAAAACAACAUCGAUCAGGACACUGCGGCUGCUGGUCAGGUUUCUAUUGCUGAGCCGUUCGAUGCUACCAUCUCUGGCGGAGGCAACUAA